GAAGGUGAACGCUACGCAGGAAGCUGCAGGAAGCAAAAUUCAAAGAAAGACGUUGCGGUCACGGUAAGAAACAUUGCAGGACCAUCCGAAGAACAUUUGAAAUACAGGAUAUGUCAACAGCUUUUUCCUUGUAAGAGGCAAUAUCAGUUAUUUUCCGUUGUUCAGAGCUCGAAAAGAUUUUAGAUACUUGGUAAAGUACGAUAUUACGAAGGAAAACGAUCAAAAUGAGUGAAGACGCCAGAAUGGAACAUGCCUUAAAUAAAAUCACCAACAGAGUACUUAAUCUUUUUGUACAUCUAAAUAAGAUGUGGGAUGAAUUAGGAUUUGGAGAACACAUUAAAAAUACCUACUACGAUCAAAUUUAUCAGCAUUUUCAUGAAUUAUCAAAUGAGAUGCAAGCAGAAUGUGAAGACCGAAAACGUGUUCUUCUUGAGAAAUUAACACAUUUAGUUAAUGAAACAGGAAGACUUUCAAAGGAACUAGGAAUAAGUAAUUCUGUUGUGGGAUAUGAAGAUUUACCUGUUCUUGAAAUGGUAGAAAAAUUGGAAAGAAAAGUAUACGAUUUUAAUGUGAUGAAAGAACAAAGACUUGAACGUCUACAAACGUUAUUGGCACAGGAACAAGAAAUCUGCAAACAGCUUGGAGUACAACCACUGGGCAUUAAUGCAAACUUGCCUACUGAUGAACAACUUGAUAGUUUCAAAUUAUAUUUGGAAAAGCAAGAAGCUGAAAAGAAUCGUUUACAACAUUUAUUUAUGAGUACACGCCGAUCAGUACUUGAAAUGUUAGAUCAACUGAACAUUUCUCCGUGCCUGGAUUUUGAGCUACUGGUGUGCAAUGACUUUGAAAACUUUACUUUUACGGCCAGUAAUAUGACUAGAUUAAAAGAAUUUCACGAUGACCUUAAGAACCAGUUAGAAGAUACAAAGCAACAGGCUGUACAAAAGAGAGAAGAAUUGAUAGCAUUAUGGAAAUACCUCGAUGAACCACUUCAUGUUGGUCAAGCAUUUUUAGAUCAAUAUCCUGGUCAUAGUGUGUCAGUUCUUUAUGCCUUAAAUAAUGAAAUUAAAAGGUGUAAAGAAAAGCGAAAGGAAAAUAUAGCUAAAUAUGUAGGUAAGAUGCGAACCAGGUUAGAAGAACUAUGGGACCAGUGUAAAUUUAGCGAAACUCAAAGACGAGAAUUUUACCACAUGUAUUCUCAAACGUAUACAGAUGAUCUGCUGUCACUUCAUGAGUUAGAGGUGGAAAGACUACAAAACUUUUAUGAAUCAAAUAAAACAAUCUUUGAACUUUUGACUGAGCGGGAACAUUUAUGGGAGAAGAUAAAGGAACUUGAGCAACGAUCCAAAGAUCCAGAACGAUUUUAUAAUCGUGGUGGCCAACUACUUGCAGAGGAAAAGGAACGCAAAGUAAUUCAGAAGAGACUACCUAAAAUAGAAGAGCAGCUAGGUGUGCUUAUGAAAGAUUAUGAAAAUAAGAAUGGAGAAGUGUUUACAAUUGAUGGAAUACCACUAUCAGAUUUUCUAGCGCAAUCAUGGGAAGACUUCAACAAGGAAAAGGAAACCUUGAAGAACACUAGACAGAAACAGGCUAAAGAUCGUUCUACAAAGAAAACCCCGUUAAGUUCCUCAAAAUACGGUGCCGGAACAAGCCGACUUACACCAGGUAAAAGAAAGUUCAUCGAUGUAAGUCCUGCCAGUGAAACACCAAAACGCCGUAACAUGAGCAGUGAAAAACGGCGACCUGCAGCAUCGUCAUCAAAACUGAAGAAAAUCACCGUGCUUUCAAAAAAAGUACUGAACCAUAGUGGAAGCAAACAUAUUUCGCAAAACAAGAGUCAUAAGAAACGGAGGUCACGGUCCGUAGGUACAGAUUCAAUUGCCACAGCUUAUGCAGAAUUUCAAGAACAUUUAAAAGAGAGGGGCGAACUGCGCAGUUCAGUCCUGCCAGAGCAACACUUGCAAGAUCAGAAUAAAAAACCUAAAAUGAAAACUCCAGUUAAAACACCAGUAAAGCCAAUAAGAAAAAAUCUGACUCCAACGACACCAAACGGAGCCACUCCAAAAUUAUCGCAAUCGUCUAGAAGUACACCGCGUAGUCGCAGAUUGCUGAAUACGCCAAAACUGGUGGUGACACAAAGCAAUUUACCUUUUAUUUUUUGACUACGAAAUCAUUUAAAUCGAAGGUGAAGGAAGAAUAUGAUUUUAUUUUGUCUUUCACGAUUUUGUGUACCCGACCCUACAUACACAGUUAAAGUAGUAGGUGCCGAGUUACUUGGAAUUCUUAAGGAGUAUUCCUUUUAAGAAUGAAGUAUUCACUUACUAUAACAGGCAUUUAAGUGAAAACUAUUCUAGGUAACCGCAUCGAUAUUUUGCACUCGGACCAGAAAUGCUUUAACUUUUCCUUCAAAUCUCUACCAAUCUGAUUUUGGAAGUCAUCGCUGUUAAAGGUACCGAAAGAGAAAAACGGUUCUUCUGUGCGAAACAAUCGCAUGUAAUGUAUAUUAUUCAUUCCAUUAAGUGUUUAGUAAAAAGUAUAAUUCGUCAAUAACUGACAUUGAUUUCUUGGUAUUCUCUUAAAAUGUUUUCUUUUUAAUAAUUACAAUUCGUUCACGGGCUUAGCUUGUGAUUUUUGUAUAAAUUACGUUCGCUCAGAUAAGCAACUCGUUUCUUUCAAAGAGUACUGCUGGCACAGAACUCUACUACUUUUUCUGUUGCAUUUUAACUCUUGAACGUAUCUUUCGCGCCCGCCAGAGUGACAGACUAAGCGAAAGCAAUUAUUUAUAAGUAUAUAUACAUAUAUUAUUUUAAUACGUUGAUUUCUAUAAUACUUUGCAAUACGUUGUACAAAAUAACGAAAUACAUUUUCU